AUGGGUGCAGGAAAAAGUCAGUUUACAGAAGAAGAGCUACAGGAUUACCAAGAUUUAACAUAUUUCACUAAGAAGGAAGUCUUAUACGCACAUCAGAAAUUCAAGGCGCUUGCUCCAGAAAAAGUUGGACACAACAAAAACGCAAAGCUGCCUAUGUCCAAGAUCUUGCAGUAUCCUGAGUUGAGAGUGAAUCCUUUCGGCGACAGGAUCUGUAAAGUUUUUAGCUCCAGUCAGGAUGGUGAUUGCACCUUUGAAGAUUUUCUGGAUAUGAUGUCUGUGUUUAGCGAUGCUGCUCCAAAAGCUGUAAAGGCUGAACAUGCAUUUAGAAUAUUUGAUUUUGAUGGGGAUGAUAUGCUUGGUGUGGGAGAUUUACGGCAAGUUGUCGACAGAUUAACUGCACCCCAGAGAUUAAAUGACAGUGACAUGCAGCAGCUUCUUCAGUAUAUUCUUGAUGAAGCUGAUUUAGAUGAUGAUGGUGCACUUAGCUUUGCUGAAUUUGAACACAUUAUAGAGAAGAGCAGUGAUUUUUCUAAGAGUUUUCGCAUUCGUUUAUAAACGAACUUGCCAAGACUUGAAAGACUGAAUAUUAAUUGAAAUUUAUAAUUAUAAUAGAUAUGGGCCUAAUGCAGAAGAGAAAAAAAACAACGCUAUUGCAGAAUGUGCCAAGGCUCUAUAUAUUUGGCCUAAGUCAGAUGAUUUUUUUAUUUUCGAACUUAUUUAUUUGAGGUUGUAAUGGAAGAAACGGACAUAACUACGAGAAACAUAUAGAUUCUUUAAUUUAAAAAUAACAUGCCAUAUAAAACUGCCAAACAUACAGUGGUAUUAUUGAGAUACAUGUAUGAUGCUCCAAUUUAAUGAAGAGAAAAUCCUCUUCUUUUGAGACCAGUAAAUAAACAUUUUUGAAAGCUAUAUCUUAUGUAAGGAAGUUGAAUGA